AUGGGACACCGUGUUUCUAAGCAACAGCAACAACAUAAUAAUAACAGCAGUAACAGCAAUCAUAACAACAAGAAAGAAAAAAGACAGUCCAUUGGACGAAGAAAAUUGAUAGGCAAUCUUAUAUAUCCUAAUAGUAACAGUAACAACAGCAGCAAAAAGAGAAAAUCGAGCAGCUUACAAUGCAAACAAGAAAAAAGCGGAGUAAACGUACUGGUCUUGGGCGCUAGUGGAUCUGGUAAGACAACUCUCAUCAAUCAAAUACGGCUUAUGAGCAGCGAUAACAUUUCCAAGGAAGAGAGACUUGAAUAUCGUACCGUUAUCCUGUUUAACAUUAUUGAAGCCAUGCAGUCUAUUCUAAGUGCCAUGAACAAAUAUGAUGUACCCAUUGACUGCGUACACAGAAAGGCCGUAGCAGAGAAAUUGCUACAAGAAGUAAAUCCAUUCCCGACAACUCUAGAUAUUUUCAGAUCAAUCCGAUCAUUAUGGAAAGAGGAGGGUAACAUACAAUUACUGUACGAUACCCGGCACGAAUACCAACUGUCAACCAUCAAUGAUACAGCAGAGUAUUACUUUGAGCAUACGCUAGAACAUGUCUCAUCUUCUAAAGAAGCUCUCAUCAAUUAUUUACCAACAGAUCAAGAAAUCCUACGAGCCAAUCGAAAAACAACAUCUAUCGUAGAGCAUUCUAAUAUAUCCUUUAAACAAGUAACGGAAGGAUCAGACGCAGGUAGUAACAUAACAACCUACGAUUACAGCUACUAUAAUAUUCUGGAUGUCGGCGGAUUGCGAUCUUAUCGCAAGCAAUGGGCAGAAGCCUUCGCAUACAAAUCUCUUUUCUCUACUCUUUUAUUUAUGGUGUCUCUAUCAGAAUACGAUCAAUGUCUAUUAGAAGAUUCGACAACAAAUCGAAUGCAAGAAAGUUUACUCUUAUUUGAAUCAAUCUGUGAUUUGCAGUAUUUUAAAAAGUCGUCCAUUAUUCUGUUCCUCAAUAAGACUGACGUAUUUAAAGAAAAGUUAUCGUCAAGUCCAUUGUAUGUUUAUUUUCCACAUUAUAAAGGUGGCGAUCACUAUGAAAACGCAUGUCAAUUCAUACUAGGACAAUACAAAAAGAUCACGGUGAAGUCACCAAACAAAAAGAUAUAUACACAUUUUAUAUGUGCUUUAGAUACCGUGGACGUGCAACUGGUGAUGAGUGCCCUCCACGAAGAUAUUAUUCAAAUCAGUUUAGACCAGACUACUUUACUAUAACACUGUUUCAUCUGUUGAUAUAUUGUAAGCUUUGACACAUACUGAUAGAAAAAAAGGGGUGGAGCUCACAUUCAAUAAAAGCUAUGCAUUUCUGAGAAUGAUAGAUAUUACAUGAAGUAAACUUGAAUUGGAAGUAACUUUACGUACGAAAGUCAAAAGUUUUUGACCCCUCUCACUCG